AUGUCUACUAGGACAGGAAAUUUUAAAAAUCCAUUUUCCAGACCAUGGAUGACGGAAACUGGUGCGGCGGCCGCAGCAGGAGCUCCAGGGUCGAUCGGACUAAAAGGAGUAGUCGCCGGCGGAAUAACUGGUGGCAUUGAAAUUUGUAUAACAUUCCCUACCGAAUAUGUGAAAACACAACUCCAGUUAGACGAAAAAGGUGGCACAAGAAAAUACACAGGAAUAUUUGAUUGUGUAAGGAAAACUGUUAAAGGCCAUGGAGUCCUUGGCUUGUAUAGAGGGCUUAGUGUCCUUCUCUAUGGCUCUAUACCCAAAUCUGCUGUACGAUUUGGAGUAUUUGAACAAGCAAAAUUGUACAUGGUGACGGAUAAUGGGACUUUAACAAAUACUGGUAAAUUAGCCUGUGGAUUGGCCGCGGGUGUGGCGGAAGCAAUAUUCGCUGUGACACCCAUGGAGACCGUCAAAGUUAAAUUUAUUAACGACAUGAGGUUAGAAAAACCAAGAUUUAAGGGAUUCUUCCAUGGUGUUAGGACCAUUGUUAGGGAAGAAGGUAUCGGCGGCGUAUACAAGGGUGUAUCUGCCACGAUAAUGAAACAAGGUAGCAACCAAGCUAUCCGUUUCUUUGUUAUGGAAUCCCUUAGAGAUUGGUACAAAGGAGGCGAUAGAGACAAGCACGUGCCUAAAUACAUAGUUGGAUUGUUUGGAGGUGUUGCUGGAGCGGCCUCAGUAUUCGGCAACACACCAAUAGACGUCGUCAAAACUAGAAUGCAAGGUCUGGAAGCUGCUAAAUAUAGGAACACAUGGGAUUGCUUCAUCAAGACCUGGAAAGCGGAGGGUCCACUCGCUUUCUACAAAGGUACCGUGCCCAGGUUGAGUAGAGUCGUCUUCGAUGUAGCUAUAACUUUCACUAUCUAUGAUAGUAUCAUGGAUGUGUUCAACUAUGUAUGGAAG